AUGUCAUACGUUACUAAAGUGACCAAUCAUCACGAGUCCAAUAGUGGCUGUGAUACUUGCUUAACAACAAGAAAUAGCACCAGUUGUACCUCUUCAACUUCUUCACUUUCUAACUACUUAUAUGUCUUCAUCUUGGGACAAUUGUUGCUGGCUGGAGGAACCCCUCUCUACAUGGGAACAGCCUUUAUUGAUGACUCUGUGCCCACCCACAAGUCUUCUCUCUAUAUAGGAAUUGGCUAUUCUAUGUCAAUCUUAGGCCCUGCCAUUGGCUAUGUGUUGGGUGGACAGCUGUUAACCAUGUACAUUGACAUUGCUUUGGGACAAAGCACUGAUGUCACUGAGGAUGAUCCACGGUGGUUGGGGGCUUGGUGGGUUGGAUUUCUCCUAUCAUGGCUCUUUGCUUGGUCUUUGAUAAUACCUUUCUCCUGCUUUCCAAAACAUUUGCCAGGUACAGCAAAGAUUCAAGCUGGAAAAACUUCUCAGACUCAUCAGAAUAAUAGCACUGUCUUACAACACACAGAUGAGAAUUUUGGAAAAAGUAUUAAAGAUUUUCCAGCUGCUCUAAAGAAUUUGAUGAGGAAUACUGUCUUUAUGUGUUUAGUUCUAUCAACUUCUUCUGAAGCCUUAGUUACUACUGGAUUUGCUACAUUUUUACCUAAAUUUAUAGAAAAUCAAUUUGGAUUGACAUCCAGCUUUGCAGCUACCCUUGGAGGGGCGGUUCUAAUUCCUGGAGCUGCUCUUGGUCAGAUUUUAGGUGGUGUCCUUGUUUCAAAAUUCAAAAUGACAUGUAAAAAUACAAUGAAGUUUGCAUUGUUUGCAUCUGGAGUUGCACUCGUGCUGAGUUCUGUAUUUAUUUAUGCCAAAUGUGAAAAUGAGCCAUUUGCUGGUGUGUCUGAAUCAUAUAAUGGGACUGGAGAGCUGGGGAACUUGACAGCCCCUUGUAAUGCCAACUGUAACUGUCUGAGAUCUUACUAUUAUCCCCUCUGUGGAGGAGAUGGUGUCCAAUACUUUUCUCCCUGCUUUGCAGGUUGUUUAAACUCUGUUUCAAAUAGGAAACCAAAGACAUAUUACAACUGUUCCUGUAUUGAGAGGAAAAUAGAAAUAAUACCUAUGGCAGAUUUUAGUUUUGAAGCUAAAGCUGGAAAAUGUGAAACUCAAUGUGCAAACUUGCCCAUAUUUCUUGGCAUUUUCUUCAUCACAGUUGUUUUUACCUUUAUGGCUGGCACUCCUAUAACUGUGUCCAUAUUAAGGUGUGUUAACCACAGACAACGGGCUCUAGCAUUGGGAAUUCAGUUCAUGUUGCUUCGAUUACUAGGCACAAUACCUGGACCAAUUAUAUUUGGUGUCACAAUAGAUAGCACAUGUAUACUCUGGGAUAUUAAUGAAUGUGGAAUUAAAGGAGCUUGCUGGAUUUAUGAUAACAUCAAGAUGGCCCAUAUGCUAGUAGCCAUAAGUGUUACUUGUAAAGUUAUCACCAUUUUCUUCAAUGGAUUGGCAAUAUUUUUGUACAGACCUCCACCAUUAGGCACAGAUGUGUCAUUUCAAAGUCAGAAUACAGUUGUGAUGACUGUUUCAGUAGAACAGGAUCUCAACAAAACAGGAAAUGAAGGGUGAAAGAGAAAAGGAGAUUACAGCUGGAAAAUUGACCUCCCUUUUAACGCAGUGCAAUGCAGCAUUAUCUACCCUAUAUGGUCAAUGACAUUUUAAAAAUUAAUGUUUUAUAAUUGAGUGUGUUUGUGUAUGUGUAUGUACUCUUCUUUUUGAUUUAAUGCGGGUAACAGGUCUGUGCCUUCAAAGCCAAACAAAAGCCUCAAAAGACACACAUGAUCACUUAUUUCCUCAUUAUUUUGUUAUGAAAUCCCUAACUAUUAAUAAGAAAAAGAACCAACCAUUAUUUAAAAGUUUACCUUUAAGGGCUAAUGGAGUAGUUCAAGUGGUAGAAUACCUGUUAAUAAGCACGAGGCCCUAAGUUCAAACCCCAGUACUGCAACAACAAAAAAAGGAAAGGAAAGUUUACAUUUAAGAAACAUAGUGAUGAAGCCAAGUGUGGUGUGGUGGUACACAUUUGUAAUCCCAGCACUCUGGAGGCUGAGGUAGGAGGGUUAGAAUUCAAGGCCAGCCUGAACUACAUAGCAAGACACUGUCUCAAAAAGUAAAAUAAAGUAAAAUAAAGCCAAAAAACCACAGUGAUGAAAACAUACCCUUUUACUAUUUUUACAGCUUGUUACAUUUCAAUGUUUAUUAACAAUGGUUUGAGUUGUGGAAAAUUUAUGAUGUGAAAAAUUAAAGUUCAUGUGAUUUCUGGGAAUUGUUGAAAGUUUAUGAAUUUAAAGGCAGCUUUGUAAUGUAAUUCCUGUUGCAAUUCUACAUACUAAUCCAAAUGUUAUUUAUCACAGUA